AUGGCUCAGGGCGACUCGGCGAGGGUGCAAGAGGCACAGAAGGUGGCCAAGUCAGAUCCCCGAAAGGCAGAGCAGCUCUACCAGGAUAUCAUCUCUCAACCCCCAUCCGUAACCUCCGAUGCUGCGGUGAAGGAGUAUGAGACAGCGUUGAUUAGCUUGGGAGAGCUGUACCGGGAUGAGAACCAGUUCAGGAAGACGCAGGAGCUGGUCGACCUUAUCACAAAAAGCCGGACGGUUCUUUCGUCAUUCGCCAAGGCUAAGACAGCAAAGCUCGUCCGCCAGCUACUCGACCUCUUUGAGAACAUUGAGGGCAGCACCGAUAUUCAGAUCGCUGUUACGAAGUCAUGUAUAGAAUGGGCUACCUCAGAGCGUCGUAGCUUUCUGCGUCAGAACCUCGAGACCCGCCUGGUCACCCUCCUCAUGCACAAGCAAGCCUACUACGAUGCCCUCACUCUCAUUAACGGCCUCCUUCGCGAGCUCAAGCGCCUAGACGACAAGCUUGUCCUUGUCGAAGUCCAGCUCCUCGAGUCACGCGUGUACCACGCUCUCGGAAACAUCCCCAAGGCUCGAGCCGCCCUCACCAGCGCCCGUACGAGCGCCGCCUCUGUAUACACCCCGCCCCUCCUUCAAGCCCACCUCGAUAUGCAGAGUGGUAUGCUUCACGCUGAGGACAAGGACUUCAACACGGCCUUCUCCUACUUUAUCGAGGCCCUCGAUGGCUACCAUACUCAGGAUGAGUCCGUCAAGGCCACUGCUGCCCUGCAGUACAUGCUACUCUGCAAGAUCAUGCUCAACCUCGUGGACGAUGUCAACAACCUCAUGACUUCUAAGCAGGCCCAAAAGUACGCCAGCAAGAACCUCGAGGCCAUGAAGGCUAUCGCCCGCGCGCACUCGAACCGAUCUCUUGAGGAGUAUGAGCAGGCCCUGCAAUCAUACCGCGAGCAGCUCGGUAGUGAUGCCUUCAUCCGCAACCACCUGCGACGCUUGUAUGACGCCAUGCUUGAGCAGAACCUCAUCAAGGUUAUCGAGCCCUUCUCUCGAGUUGAGAUCAACCACAUCGCUAAGAUGGUCGGCCUCGAUACGCAACAGGUUGAGCGUAAGCUCUCUCAGAUGAUCCUUGACAAGGUCAUUAUCGGCGUUUUGGACCAGGGUGCAGGAUGUCUCAUCAUUUACGACGAGACGGAGCGCGACAGCGCAUACGACCACGCGCUCGCUACAAUUGAGAAGCUCAGCAGCGUGGUGGAUGUCCUCUACACCAACCAAGCCUCGAUGCUCGAGUAA